AAACCAUGCUUUCUCUCACACACACGAAACAGAGUCAUCUAUGUGUUUUCAUAUUAUGAUAGCCUCUUCUUUAAGCCAUCUCUCACUCACUCUCCUUUCUAUAUUCUCUUUCAAACCCUUCUUUUUCUCUCAAUAUCUUCACCCAUGGCUUUAGCUACGAAAGAAACGUCGCUUUUUCUUCUUCUCGUAUUAUCGAUAUUCUUCAUAACCCGAUCGAAUUCAGCCACUGAUUCCUUCGUUUUCGGUGGGUGUUCGCAGCUGAAAUUCAUGUCAGGCUCACCUUAUGAGUAUAACGUCAACUCGAUACUCACUUCCCUAGUCAACUCAGCCAUGUUUACCUCUUACGACAACUUCACCACGCCAGCAGGCUCCACCUCUCAGGACACUGUCUACGGCCUGUUCCAGUGCCGUGGUGACCUCAACAACGGUGACUGUGGCCGCUGCGUUGCUAAAGCGGUGAGUCAACUCGGCACUCUUUGCCUUGACUCAACAGGUGGCGCUUUGCAACUCGAAGGGUGUUUCGUUAAAUAUGAUAAUACAACUUUUCUGGGCGUGGAGGACAAGACCGUGGUGGUUAAAAAAUGUGGGCCGAUGACUUCGUCUUAUUCCGAUGCGUUGACUCGGCGUGAUGCGGUGCUGGGUUACUUGGCAGCGAGUGAUGGGACCUACAAGCCGUUUCGGGUUGCCGGGUCAGGGGAUUUACAGGGUGUGGCACAGUGUGUAGGGGAUUUGAGUCCUAGCGAGUGCCAAGAUUGCAUAUCAGAGGCAAUCGGACAGCUCAAAACCGAGUGUGGGGCGGCCAGGUGGGGUGACAUGUACUUGGCCAAGUGCUAUGCGCGGUACUCACAAGGUGGCGACCACUCGCACGGCGGAAAGGAUACUAACAACGAUGAUGAUGACAUUGAGAAGACACUAGCAAUUCUAAUUGGGCUCAUUGCUGGAGUUGCUUUGAUCAUAGUAUUUAUAUCAUUCUUAUCAAAAGUGUGUGAGAAAGGUAAAGGUGGUAAAUAAACAAACAAUUUCUGGAUCUUAUGAAAACCUUUGCAUCUGGUAAUUAAAAUGUUUUGCUCCUUGAUGGCCCUUCAGCUGCACUUUGGCUUUCUAGACUUUGAGUUUUCUCUCUCCCAUCUCUAUUUUUAUUAUGUUUCUUUCAUACUCCCUGUAAAGAAGAUCUCUAAGGGGUUAAUGAUGGAAAAAAUGUUUAUGGAAACCGGUACCUUGAAACAAGUGAAAAGAAACUAGCAAUGAGAUGAAAAAGCCUAAAGACUAAUACUGCCCACAUCCACUUGAGCUUUUUUAACCAUGGCUACCUUGUUUCUGAAUGCAUAAUCAGUGAACACUUUUGUGCAAAAGUGCUGUUUGUAGUGCUGUAGUUAGUGCAUUUGUUGGGUGUUACUAGAGCUUUUGCUUACUUUCCAGUAUAUAUGGUUGGCAAAAGUUUGAAUUCAUCUAUACUUUAGAUUAAAAUUACAUUCAUAUAUACUUGUUUAAUUUCUGUCAAACCCAUGUUCGAUUUGCUUUCAUAUUUGCAAGACUAAUUGGCUCCACCUCCAUUUUAUGUAAUCACCCAUAUAAAUCGGGGCCAUGGUUCCCUCUAAAGUUAAGAACAAGUUAUUGAUUAAACAAGGGCAGUCAAAGUUUUUUGCUUUGGUAGAUAUGUAAUGAUCCACAAUCAAGCAAUGAUUAAGACAAUAUUCCCUCUGUUUCAAAGCCAAUAUAAUGAUGAAUUAGCUUAGAAUCUUCUCUCUCAUCCAUUAUCCCACUUGGCUUUGCUUUUUAUCA